AUGCGUCAGGUGUGCAGCCGCGAAACCACGCCCUCCAGGAACCUCCAGGAAGCCCCCUGGUGGAAAAAGUGGGAAAGAACCCCAGCCAGCCUUCCCCAGAUCCCAACAGUCUCGCUUUUUCUGACAUUUGGCGGCUGGCUGCACGCUGAUCCGGAACUGUGGAGGGGAGGGACAUGGAGCAGCCUCAUGCAGUGCACCAAAAACCUGCAAUGGGCUGCACAUAUGCGGCAGUGGCAGGGGAGAGUAUGGGCCCAAGCCUGGGACCUUUGGUGGAGGAACCGCAGGAGGUCCGGGGGGUGGAGGGUGACCUUCCAGCAGGGAAGGCAGCAACGGCUGCUGAAGCUGAUCCAGGAGGGGAUCAGCCAGAAUUGUCGCCAGAGCCUGGUCGGCCAGGGCAGGAGGAGAAAGUGGAUGCGGGCCGGACAACAUGCAGAGGCUCAACCCAAUGGGGCCCCUUUUUCGCUGUCGGGCCGCUAUGACAUCCUCACCGGGGAUUCGGGAGAAGGGGAGUCCAGUGGACCGGUGGCUGUAAAGGCUGGUCCUGUGGAGGGCUCCAACAUGGUGACUCUGGUGGAUGGCUAUGGGGUGGAGUCUCGGCCUGUGGAGUUGGGGCUGGCGUCACCUUUAAGCCCAACACACUCUUUUCUGGAGGCCGGAUCGCCCAGCAGUGUGGCCUACCUGCAGGAGUUGGGGUCUUAUGGUCCAGAUGGCUCUCUCGGGGUGGAGGCUGAAGGGACCGUGGGAGAGACUGAAAGAGGUUAA